CUAACGUGCCCCCGUACGUGGUUGGUCACAUUAUUAUAGUAACUAGUUUACUCCAUUAUUACUAAUUGUACGCAUCAAACAAACCGAUAAUCUUUAAGUCAAAUAAAUUGGUGAAUGGUUUAUCAAACAGGAAUACGUGCGACAAGUGUCGUAUGUAAAACAGCCUUACCCGAGCUUCCAAUUUUGGGGAACUUUUGGGGUAUUUUGGAGAAACUCCCGAAUUUCGGGGAAAUAUGGCGGCUGUUGUCCCGCUUUCCCGAAAUUUACUAUAGUGGCUUCUCCAAAGUGUGCUAAAUUUUCCCCAAAAUCGGGAGCUUGGGUAAGGUUGUUUUAUAUAAAUAAAUGCAUAUAUAUAGAUGAUUGCGGACGCCAGUAUACGUGCCCACAAAACUACAGUAAGACGCAGACUUAAGUUAACCAUUGGUUGCUCAAUAAUAACCAUAGUUAUUAACUUCUCAAUGAUAUCAUCCCUAAGUGAUAUCAUUCACAGUACAGAUGGUCGUUCAAACUCUGGCAUAUUUAUCGUGUUACAGUCUAUUAUUCUAUAUUGCAAAUUCCAUUCCCAGUAAUAGUCUCAUUCUUCAACUGCUUGAACAAUUCUGGCUUAUCCAUUUAGGGGCUCAGUUCCCGGUUCAAUGCAGCAUGGCUCUACAGACUACAUUAAAGCAUUUAAAUAAACUUCAUUGAUAAAUCAGACAAGAUGUUACGUAGUUUCUCGCGAUUUGGAUCUGAUAAAUGUACUCGUCUUCUCUACACAUCUUGUUAUGUUAAUACACCUAAAAUUCAACCAAGCAAAUCCUCACAGUUACUGAAGUCAUAUUUUGAACUUGGACGAUUCGCUAGACCAACAGGCACGUGGCUGUUAUACCUUCCUUGCACGUGGAGCAUCGCUCUAGCUGCACCACCGGGUCACUUACCUGACAUUUAUAUGCUAACCCUAUUUGGCGUUGGCUCCAUUUUGAUGCGAAGUGCCGGUUGUACAAUAAAUGAUAUGUGGGAUAAAAAAUACGACAUGCUUGUCAAACGCACAAAGGAUCGUCCACUAGCUUCGGGUUCACUAACCUUUCCCCAGGCUUUAUUGUUUCUUGGUGCUCAGCUAACGACUUCGCUUGUAAUAUUAUUGCAAUUGAACUGGUACAGUGUAUUUCUUGGUAUCCUGUCAUUGGUUCCUGUCAUCACGUAUCCUCUGUUUAAACGUAUUACUUACUGGCCGCAGCUUGUACUUGGCUUAACAUUGAACUGGGGUGUUUGGCUUGGGUAUUCUGCUAUAAAUGGUUUUUGCCUUUUCUCCGUGUGCACUCCUUUGUAUUUAGCUGCAGUGUGUUGGACAUGCACGUACGAUACCAUAUAUUCUCAUCAAGAUAUCGACGAUGACAUCCGUAUAGGUGUAAAAUCAACUGCAAUUUUGUUUGGAGAAAAAACGAAAUUAUAUUUGGGCGCUUUUCACAUGGGAAUGACAGCGUGUCUCCUCACUGUUGGAAUUAACGCAAAUGCUGGUUGUCUAUAUUACCUUGGGACCUUCCUUACAAUGUUUCAUAUUGCUCAUUUAAUAAGGAAGACGGACCUAAAGAAUCCCAAUUCUUGUUGGCAGACCUUUAAAGAUAGUAAAAAAACUGGUCUUUUGUAUUUUCUUACCAUUGUACUGGACAAAAUAUCACUAUAA